AUGGUAAGCCAAAGGACUAAGAGAAACCCUGAUGUGGAAGUUCUCUCGUUUGCUAGAAACCAUAGGUUCAAGGAUACAUUGGCCUUGUUUCUUGUCUUUCUAAGUUUUAACCAUGUUAUGCUGUUUUUACUUUUGGUUGUGUUCAUCGUUGCGACUAGGUUUAAAAAUGCGCUGGCCAACAGCUUCAUAUUGUUCUUCCUCUCCAAGAAGCCAUCGCCUGAUAUACAAGUAGUUAGCAACUCGGCAAAGAAUAAGAAAAGAUAUGUUACACCUCCAACGUUAUACAAACUAUUGGCCAUGAAAAAUAUCCCCUUCAUUGGCACUCUGCAUGAUAAUUCCAUUUUAAGACCUGUACCUUUGAUAGUCAUUGAAUACCUGUUUGUAACAAUAUUGAGGAUAUAUGGUGGUAAUUAUUUCACUGACCCAAUAGAAUAUUUUGCCAUUGGUAUAGUCGCAUCUUUUCUAAUAAAUGACCCAAACACAUGUCUCACGCAUGCAAUGAUAUGUUCUGUGCUGUACUCACUGUCAAAACAUUUUUUUUAUAGCGUGUUACCUCUGGUAUUUGGCAAGGGAAUCAUGGGCUUUAUUUUAUCAUUUAAAUCUUCUGGGCAUCGUGGGCAACUGAUAAGACAAUACUUGCUUCGCAAUUCCGCCAUCUUACGACUCUUUGACAAUUUAUGUGGAAAGGUUAACUCAACCGACUCGUCCCUUUCAUUGUACAUAGAUGAAAUUUGCUUCUACCUUUCAUUUCAUAUAAUAUUUUACCUGAUUGGUAGGAGAUAUUUUAUGCCAGUGCCUAUCCCAGAAUCUGAUUUACCCUCAUCAUUGAGAACAUCAACAGAUACACGUUUACCAUCAUCUGGAAACCAAAAGACCCAGUCAAGUUCGACGCACAAGAAUAACACAUCUGAAACACGUAAUAAUACACAAGUGAGAAACCGUUCCAAUAGUCAUGCUAAACAUGGAAGGAAUGUGUCGAUGAGUACGAACAGGACUCAGCAUCAAAGUACUGCUAUCAACGGCCACUCUCAUGCAAGUAAUCUACCCACCACACAAGCAAAUGUAUCCGAUACGAAAUCGAUCAAUGCUUCCGACUCUUAUAUCAUAAAUGCAAUCUCUAAUAACUUGAGAACUUUAAGACAAACACCAUUCUUCUCAAAUUUAGUCUCCAAAUAUAAUGUCUUUGAGCCUGAUAUCGUCUCUCCAGAGAGAAGUAAUAGUCUUGCUAUGCCUACAAAUGUUGACUAUAAGGACGUGAAGAAAAAUGAAUCUAACUCAGCCAGCAAUUUGGAAGGGCUCAGAAAUGAGUUCUACCAACUCAAAGUGGACUUUUCUCAGACAACAGAUGAAAGAAAUCUGGACACUGAUAUAACUCCUACCAGCAAUAUUGAAAAUUUCAUCAGACAGCUGUUUGAGAAGAAAAAGAGUUAUAUCAUUCCACCAUUAUGGUCCAUGUUUCUCACUGUGAAGACAGCAAAUUUGGAGAGGAAAUAUUUGGAGAAGAAAUCUGAAGAUGUUUUAACGCCUAUCAGUUCGAGGGAUACUGAUAAUGAUGCCAAGGAAUCAAAUGACAUAGACAUGUUAGACAUUGAUACAAAGCUAGCGAUUGCUGAAUUGUCGGAUAAUGGGAUCAAAAAGAGUGUUUUUGAUGAAGGCACUGGACAAGAAAAUCUUGCUAUGAUAAUUCAAAGCUCUUCAGAUGAUUAUAAUCAGCUCAAUCUCGUUUCGAUGAAAGAUAAUAUUUUUAAUAGGCAAGAAAAUGACUACAAAGUCUGCAUUGCAAAUAUUGGUUGUAAUUCAAUCACGUUUCAUAUUGAGAAUCUUUUUGAAGGUGAGUUGAUUGUCUUAGUCAAUGGUGUGAUCUGGUCUGAAGUGUCUUGUAGUUUGAUCAUGGAGCAUGAAGGUGAGGAACUUGCUGUUGUCAAUGGUCUCGUUCCAUCAUGUUCCUAUGAUAUCCAAUUUGUAAAUAGAUUAAACCAGACACAGGACCAUCUGAUGUCAGAUAUCGUUGUUCGUACUGCAAGUGGCAACAGUGGUGACUUUAACGGCAAUUUUGGUAGUGUAGAUUUCACAUUUCCUUCAUAUUAUCAUAGAAAGUUUCUGUCACCUUUGUUAACUUUGAAGCAUUCAGUCUUGACGACUAAUACAAAUCUAGCCGAAGAACGGAUGAAGUUGAAGAAAUCUAAGAAGGAGAUUAGUAAGAAGAUUACUUCAUUAAAACAAGAAAUUGAUCAUUUCCGGUCAAAGAUCGAGAACAAUGCCACAAACGAGGAGAAGAACGCCUCUAAAGUUGAAUCGUUAAAGAUUGCUUUACAGCAGUCCAAUAGCACGAUUUUAGCGUGGGAGGAAGAAUUGAAACAACUAUCGGAGAAGCAGAUUGAGGUUGAAGAAAAAUAUCUAAUUCAAAAGGAUCUACAUCUGCGAAAGCAAUUGGAGUUUAGCAAAGAGGAAGAGAAAUUGAAGGCAUUGGUCAAAGUCAAGAAAGAGAAUGUUGAAAGAUUACAAGAAGAAGUUCAGCAACUCACUGGGAAACUCGAAAAACUGAAUGCAAGAAAUUCUAAGGUCUCCAAAGAAGUUGAACAGCAAAAUAAGGCCAUAGACGACUUCAUCAACCAACUGGCGAAAGCUAUUGAGAAGAACAGACAGUCAUGGGAACAACAGCAGUCCUUGAAAUAUAAUGAGUAUGAGCUAGUUGUGAAAGCAUUACAACAAGAUAUUGCCCGGUUUGAAAGCGGGAACACAGACCAAAACCGAUAA